CCACGAGCACUGGGACCAUCCCAGCAGCAACUGGGAUCUGGAAGUUUUCCCUCUGUCAUAGAGUCGACACCAGGAAACUCAAUCCACAGACAUGUUACUGACAGAUCAUGGAGUUAUGUCUGAGUUAGUUUUUAUGAAGGCACCUCCCUCCUCGCUCACCUCCUCCUGAGCAGGAGUCCAUCAGAUCAGACCCAUUACACGACCUAUCCUCUCUUGUUUGCUCACUGCAGAUACCCUGGCAGUCAAUGUAUCCUCAGGCUAAGCCAAACAAGCUGAUCAGCCAGUCACCUCUGUACACACAACCCCCCACUAAGAGGCUAAUGGCCGGGAUGUAUAAUCCUUCUCAAAACAACUACAGAGAUGCUAAUUGUGUCUCUCUAUAAAUACAGGUUGACUCCUUGUCCUCCUCCUUCCUGCGCCUGCUCCCUCGGGCACCAGUUUCUCUGAAUUACUCCAGUAGCAGGAAACCCUGAGUUGCUCGAGAGCCGCGGCAGAUAGAUGCUGAAAGUGUCACUGAAGUGAGGAGGAGAGAGCGCGCGGACUUUUACGCACCGGUGGACACAUCGACCCAUGCGCCCGAGGACCCUGCACAGCUUCUCCUGUGAGCUCCACCGCAGCGACAUGUUCCCGCUGCCCAUGUUCACCCCGGACCAGGUGGCUCGGGUGUGCGAGAACCUGGAGGAGACCGGGGACAUCGAGCGCCUCGGCCGGUUCCUCUGGUCCCUGCCCGCCGCCGUGCCGGGCUCCGCCGGGGAGGCGCUCAACCGGCACGAGUCGGUGAUGCGAGCCCGGGCGCUGGUCGCUUUCCACGGAGGAAACUUCGAGGCUCUGUACCAGAUCCUCCAGAGCCACAGGUUCACGCGCGAGUCGCACGCCAAGCUGCAGGACCUGUGGCUGGACGCGCACUACCGGGAGGCGGAGCGGCUCCGCGGCCGGCCGCUGGGCCCGGUGGAGAAGUACCGGAUCCGCAAGAAGUUCCCUCUGCCCCGGACCAUCUGGGACGGCGAGCAGAAGACCCACUGCUUCAAGGAAAGAACACGCAGUCUGCUGAGAGAGUGGUACCUCCAGGACCCGUACCCCAACCCGUCCAGGAAGCGGCACCUGGCCCAGGCCACCGGACUCACACCCACACAGGUCGGCAACUGGUUCAAGAACCGGCGCCAGAGGGACCGGGCCGCAUCUGCAAAGAACAGAUUGCAGCAGGAUCCGUCCCACCUUCCCUCGGAGAGCUCCCCGGACGGGUCCCUUCAGGAGCGUCGCCAUCACACCCACCUCCUCCCCCCCUCCCCUCGCCACCCGGGCAGCCCGGAGGCCAGCGACUGCAGCACCGAGGCCGAGCGCCGGGGCACCGGAGCCUCCACGCCGGAGAUCUCCGUCAGCAGCGACAGCGAGUUCGAGUCCUGAGAGGCCGGGACACUGCUCAGGGACAGACUCUUGUUUCCUGCAGGGACGAGAGCAGCGUCCGUCCUCAGACGUGUGAGACAGAGACAAUCUGUCUCACAGAGGAAGGUGGACGAGCACGGAGAGCUGCCGUGGCUCAGACGGA